UUUACGGGCAGCCAUUUUCUUGGGGGUGCUCAGGUGCUGGGAAGACCCCCCGAGUCGUUCCUAUCGCGCUACUGGGGGUCUUCUCUUUCUUUACUUUUGCCUCUGCUGCGUUGCCAACAAGCACAUAAUCCAGACGCUGAAAGAAAAACCCGGCCUCGGCGCGUUUCGCGCUUCUGGUUCGGGAAGAUUCGCUGAGGGAGUUGGGGAAGGGAGAGAGGGCCCGAGUAAACCGUCGCUGUCUCCGCCUGGGCCCGGGCCGGGGUCUAAGGGAGGGAGAGGCUCCCGACGCCCCGAAGGUUCGAGGCCACCCCGUGGGCUCGAGGCCUGCAGCAGCCUCCCCCCGCGAAGCUGCACGUAGCCCGGGGCUCGCGGGAACCUGCCACCGGCGCCUCCCACCGCGGCCCACGCGGGCGGGCGGCGCGCGGAGGAGGGGGCGGGGGCAGCGGCGGCCGUAGCGGCCGCGACCUGGGCGGGCUGAGGCGGGCGGGUGUGUGUGUGUGCGUGUGUGUGACGGGCCUCGGGGCCGCGGUGGAUGGUUUCUAAAAUGAUCAUUGAAAACUUCGAGGCACUCAAGUCCUGGCUCAGCAAGACCCUCGAGCCCAUCUGUGAUGCAGAUCCCUCAGCUCUAGCAAAAUAUGUUUUGGCUUUGGUAAAGAAAGACAAAAGUGAAAAAGAACUGAAGGCAUUAUGUAUUGAUCAGCUGGAUGUAUUUCUUCAGAAAGAGACACAGAUAUUCGUAGAAAAACUUUUUGAUGCUGUGAACACAAAGAGUUAUCUGCCUCCUCCAGAGCAGCCAUCAUCAGGAAGCCUGAAGGUAGAGUUUUUUCAGCACCAAGAAAAAGAGAUAAAAAAAGAAGAGGUCACAAAGGAGGAUGAGCGAGAGAAGAAGUUUUCUAGAAGGCUAAAUCACAGCCCUCCGCAGUCAAGCUCCCGAUACAGAGAAAAUAGAAGUCGUGAUGAGAGGAAAAAAGAUGAUCGUUCUCGAAAAAGAGAUUAUGAUCGAAACCCUCCUCGAAGAGAUUCCUACAGAGACCGGUACAAUAGAAGACGGGGACGAAGUCGCAGCUACAGCAGGAGUCGGAGUCGAAGUUGGAGUAAAGAGAGGCUUCGUGACAGGGAUAGAGAUAGAAGCAGGACUAGAAGCAGAAGCAGAACACGAAGCAGGGAAAGGGAUCUGGUAAAACCUAAAUAUGACCUGGAUAGAACAGAUCCAUUAGAAAACAAUUAUACUCCAGUCUCUUCGGUACCUAAUAUUUCGUCUGGUCAUUAUCCUGUCCCUACUUUGAGCAGCACCAUUACUGUCAUUGCUCCUACUCAUCAUGGUAAUAACACCACUGAAAGUUGGUCAGAAUUUCAUGAAGACCAGGUGGACCAUAACUCUUAUGUAAGACCACCAAUGCCAAAGAAACGGUGUCGAGACUAUGAUGAAAAGGGUUUUUGUAUGAGAGGAGACAUGUGCCCUUUUGAUCAUGGAAGUGACCCAGUUGUUGUAGAAGAUGUGAAUCUUCCUGGUAUGCUGCCUUUUCCAGCCCAGCCACCUGUUGUUGAAGGACCACCUCCUCCUGGACUCCCUCCACCUCCACCAAUUCUUACACCCCCACCAGUGAAUCUUCGACCUCCAGUGCCACCACCAGGUCCAUUACCACCCAGUCUCCCACCUGUCACAGAUGAUAUUUCUUAUUCUUUGGUUUUGACAGGACCACCACCUCCACUUCCUCCUUUGCAGCCAUCUGGCAUGGAUGCUCCCCCUAACUCUGCAACUAGUUCUGUUCCUACUGUAGUAACAACUGGCAUUCAUCAUCAGCCUCCUCCUGCUCCACCUUCUCUCUUUACUGCAGUUUUUGUAUUACCAGAUACAUAUGACACAGAUGGCUACAAUCCUGAAGCCCCAAGCAUAACAAACACUUCCAGACCUAUGUAUAGACACAGAGUGCAUGCACAAAGGCCUAACUUGAUAGGACUAACAUCAGGGGAUAUGGAUUUGCCACCCAGAGAAAAGCCUCCUAAUAAAAGCAGCAUGAGGAUAGUAGUGGAUUCAGAAUCAAGGAAAAGAACUAUUGGUUCUGGAGAACCUGGAGUUCCUACAAAGAAGACUUGGUUUGAUAAACCGAAUUUUAAUAGGACAAAUAGCCCAGGCUUCCAGAAGAAGGUUCAGUUUGGAAAUGAAAAUACCAAACUUGAGCUUAGAAAAGUUCCUCCAGAAUUAAAUAAUAUCAGCAAACUUAAUGAACAUUUUAGUCGUUUUGGAACUUUGGUAAACUUACAGGUUGCCUAUAAUGGUGAUCCUGAAGGUGCCCUUAUACAAUUUGCAACAUAUGAAGAAGCAAAGAAAGCAAUUUCAAGUACGGAAGCUGUAUUAAACAAUCGUUUUAUUAAGGUUUAUUGGCACAGAGAAGGAAGUACCCAACAGUUACAAACUACUUCCCCAAAGGUAAUACAGCCUUUAGUCCAGCAGCCUAUUUUACCUGUGGUGAAGCAGUCAGUCAAAGAGCGGUUGGGUCCAGUACCUUCAAGUACUAUUGAACCAGCAGAAGCCCAGAGUGCUAGUUCAGACCUUCCUCAGAAUGUAACUAAGUUAUCUGUGAAGGACAGGUUGGGUUUUGUAUCAAAGCCAUCUGUUUCAGCAACUGAAAAGGUGUUGUCUACAUCUACUGGCCUAACCAAAACAGUGUAUAAUCCAGCUGCUUUGAAGGCUGCACAAAAAUCCUUACUUGUAACCUCUCCUGCAGCUGAUACUAAUGAAGCACAGAAAAAAAAACAGGAGGCCCUGAAACUUCAGCAGGAUGUAAGGAAAAGGAAGCAAGAAAUUUUAGAAAAGCACAUUGAAACACAGAAGAUGUUAAUUUCAAAACUAGAGAAAAACAAAACAAUGAAAUCUGAAGAUAAAGCAGAAAUAAUGAAAACUUUAGAAGUUUUGACUAAAAAUAUUACCAAGUUGAAAGAUGAAGUUAAAUCUACUUCUCCUGGACGCUGUCUUCCAAAAAGUAUAAAAACUAAGACUCAGAUGCAGAAAGAAUUACUUGACACAGAACUGGAUUUAUAUAAGAAGAUGCAGGCUGGAGAAGAAGUCACUGAACUUAGGAGAAAAUAUACAGAAUUACAGCUGGAAGCUGCAAAACGAGGGAUUCUUUCAUCUGGUCGAGGUAGAGGAAUUCAUCCAAGAGGUCGUGGUGCAGCUCAUGGCCGAGGCAGGGGGCGAGGGCGAGGGCGAGGUGUGCCUGGACAUGCUGUGGUGGAUCACCGACCCAGGGCAUUGGAGAUUUCUGCAUUUACAGAGAGUGAUAGAGAAGAUCUUCUUCCUCAUUUUGCGCAAUAUGGUGAAAUUGAAGAUUGUCAGAUUGAUGAUUCUUCACUUCAUGCAGUAAUUACAUUCAAGACAAGAGUAGAAGCAGAAGCCGCUGCAGUUCAUGGAGCUCGUUUCAAAGGGCAGGAUCUAAAACUGGCAUGGAAUAAACCAAUAACUAAUAUUUCAGCUGUGGAAACAGAAGAAGUUGAACCUGAUGAAGAGGAAUUUCAGGAAGAGUCUUUGGUGGAUGACUCAUUACUUCAAGAUGAUGAUGAAGAAGAAGAGGACAAUGAAUCUCGUUCUUGGAGAAGAUGAUUUGACUGAUCAUUGAUCUGCAUAUGCUAGAACUGUACCUGUGUUUCAUUAGUAUUACCUAAUGUACUUUUACAUAUUUGUAAAAACAAUUUUUGGUAAAAUGUGAUGAAGAUGGAUUUCACAAAUAGACAAAAGAGAAGAAAACUACCUUCUGAUCCUGUAUUUUGAAAGAUUGAUGUUUGCAUUUUAUUUCAGUAAACAGUUGCUAAAGACAUCACCUAGAACAUAUGCAAUGUUUUUAUUACAUACUUCUACUGAACAUUACAGAAUUCUUUGGGUUCUUUGUAAUUUAAUGAAUAGGUUUGAAAAUUUAUGACCCAAUACUUGUUAUAACUUAGAGGAUUUUGUUUUACUGCAAAUAAGGAAUGAAUUUGCAUUUAAAAUCUUAAUGAAUGUUUUCAAAAAUGAAUUGAUAAUAUAGUACUCUAACUAAAGUCUCCAAGUUAUGUAUUCAUAAUAUUACAUAGUAGUAUGCUUAGGCUUUACUAUGUAUUAGCCUUUUGUUAGACUUGUGUAUGUAUUUUACCACAUGGGUUUUAAUGAUGAUGGUGUAUGACUGCUUUUCAUAUGAGUCCCUAUGCAUCUGGAUGUUCAAAAUAAAGUGGAAUGGUCUUCUAAAAAGAAAAAAAGAGAGAGAGAAAAAAAAGAAAAUUAAGACAAUGUUCCUUGAUUAAAAAAAGAAGAAAGAAAUGAAAAUAAAUAGACCAUUCCAGGUGGUGAUUUACCUUUCCCUUAGUUUUCACGAAAAGAGCUUUAAUCACUAAUUUAAUAAUAAUGGUUACUUGAUACCUUUACAAUAAUGUACAAUCCAAUGUUUAAAAUUAUUCCACUUCAGUUUGAUUUGAUCCUAUAAAUUUUCAACAGAUGUCUUAAAAUUUAAAAGCAGGCUGAUUAGUUUGGAACCAGACUUCAAGUAGUGCUAACAUUUGGUGAAUAAGAAAACAUCAUAUUACAUUUUGGAUGUAUGAAAGAAAACUUGACCAUUUGAAGAUGUAUGAAUAAAGAAAUGUACUAUAGAUACUACUUUAGGAAAACACUGUUUGUAGUCGUGAAAGGUGCCAAAUUGGCAGAGGCUCACGUUUCUUCUCUUUACACCAAACAGCAGAGAGAAAUCAUCUUUGCCUGAAUUUAGCUUUGUGACUACAAGAGCAAGACCAGUCCUAUAUGGAGACGACUGUUAAUAACAUUCUAUCAUUUUGUUUGCUCGUCACCAAUUUGAAUAGAUGUUUACAUGUACUGUAAUUAGCAUUCUAUCUUUACAGUUGUCUGAGAAUACAUCUGAGUCCAGAAGUAUAUCUGAAUGUGUGCUCUGAAUGUGUGAUCAUAAAUGUUUUCUUCCCUCUAUAGCCUUUUAUUUUUUAAACACCUUAAAAGAAGGAAUAAGGCUUCUUGGUUUCCUAAUAUGAGAUAUGUUAGUCUUAGCCAAACUAAGAAUUGUGUCUGGGAAAUCUGUAUAGCCAUGAUAGUGUGUUUAUUACUGUGAACAAUUUAGAAUGAAGAAAAUGAAUUAAAAUGUCAAACCUAAAUUUGGUUUAUUUAUUUUCUUGGUUUUAGAAUGUAUUUCUUGGAUUAGGAUAGUUGCUUAAAAUAAUUUUAAACAACCGAUGGUGAAAAUCCCUUUAAAGCACUAUUUCUUAAAUUAAUUGAUGUCAUUGCUAAGGAUAGUGACCCAAAUAAUUUUCAAAAGUAUUUUUAGCUGUCCAAAACCAACAGGAGAAUUCAUUUUCUUUUCAAGUAAUAAAAAUGAUCUGGGGAUUGUUGAUACUGAAAAUAUAAUUAAAUGUAUAAUUUACAGUUUUUUCAUGCUUAUUUUCACUUGUAAUCAAGACAUCAAAGGCAAUUGUAAAAGCAACGGGAAAUAGUCCUACAUGUCUAACAUUGUAAAGAGUCGUGAUUUUAAAAGUACAUACAAAUGAUAAGCAGUAAUUAUUUAGGAUUAUAAAGUAUACAACUAAAUAUUGAUCAUUUACAGUAUCAUUUUUAAAAAGGGCAUCAUGAAAGAUUUUCACAAAAUUCCUGAGUAUCAUAAAUUCUUAAGUUGGAAGUUAUAAUUGGUAUCGAUUCCUUAUUAGAAAAGAACAAAGUACAUUUAAUCUGUUGACUUUUUAAAGUUCAAUCCAGCCAUGCUUUUUUUCUCUGCCAAACUAUUCUGCGAACACUUUUUCCCUUGAGUAUGCAUUGUGAUUGUUUUCAUGAAUAGUAAGAAUGGGAUGAUUCUACCAGUUAUAAUGUAAUUAUCUAUUUGAUCCACAUUGGUUAAAGAAAAAGUAUGCAUUUUAGAAAGUCAUUUAAUAUAUCACUUAGUAGCCUACAAGGUGUUAUUUUUUUAAUUAGGUGUUUUUUUAAAUUCACAUUUGUAGACUUAACAGAGAUGUAUAGAGUUCAUAAAUAUUUUCCCAGAUGUGUUUGGUAUUUUUUAAUUUUUCAAGGAUUCUUUACCCGUCCUGUAGUGUUUCAGCUGCUAGUAUUAACAGCCCAAAGGACAUUGUUAGAAGAGACUGUACUGGCUGGUAACACUUUCGAUGAGUUAAGGGAUGUGGACCACGUACUGUAACCUUCAACUUUACUUUGUCAUCUUUUCCCCAAUGCUUUUAAAUUAAAAAGAUGAAAUAGAUUGAGAUGCCAUUGAACAACUUUCAGUGAUUUGAUUCGCAUUAAGGUCAUUGUGUUUUGAAAAUUGCUAUGAGAUCCGGUUGGUCAAGUAUAUGUUUAAGUCCUCAUAUAUUGAUAAGGUUCUCAUUUUUAAAAAAUUUCUUGAAUAAGAUUCUCAUGGAGCUAUGUAUAGAUAACUGUACAGAGUCGCUAUUGUGUAACUGAACGAAGCAGUUUACUUCUGCAUGAUUACAUUCUGGAAACCUUUUAUAUAUCUUUAUAUUUUUCAAUACUUAGAUUUUACACUAUUAGCCACACUAGUCAUGCUAUAUUUGUUUUUUCAAAGAGUUUAUAAAUAUUUAUGCUCAAAAUACAGAUCAAUUGAAUAUUUUUUGGUCUUGUUUAUGAGAUAAUACUUUAAAGUGAUAUAGACCCCCUCAGUGUCUUAGGAAAACGUCAUUGGUGCUACAGAAACUUUCAGUCUAAAUUUUGAAUCUGUUGUCUGGUUUUUGCUAGGCUUUAAUCUAUGAUUGCUUGUGAUUUAUUCUAUCUAGCAAUGUAAUUAUGAAAGUGGUCUGUAGGGAAGCAGAUUAAGAGCCCAGCCAUUAGGAACAUCUUAAUACAUUAAGGAAUUAAUACAUAAUGAUUGUGCACUUAUUUGUGCCCAGUUGCCCCCCCCAAAGGAAAAAAAAAAUUUUGGUACAAGAAAGGUUAUUAAUUUGAGUAGAAUUUUUUUAAUGAUACAUUUGGCAUGGCUGUUUUUAUUUCAAAUGGAAAACUUUCCUACUCCUAAAAUACAUAAAUUUUCUGUUCUUUAAGUUCCCAUUUCAACAAAAUUAGAAUGUUUCUUAAAUAGCGAAAACAUACGAGUUAUAAAAAGCUGUGAUAAAAGCAUUAUGCAAGUUUUACAUUAACAUGCAGUUAUUUUUAAUCUCCAAAUUCUAGCACCUUAUCAGUCACUAAGAAUCAGCAAAGCCUUCAUAGAUGUUCAAAAUCCUGUUUUGAGUGUAGUACUACUUCUGAACAAAUGGUCUGGCCCAAGAUUUCUUUUAAUACAUGGUUUAUUUUAGCUCAGUUAUUGUGGACUGUUAGAAAUCUAAGAACACCAAAGGAGUCUUUUCUUGUCUGAAGACUGGAUUGUUCCAGUAUUUAAUACCUGUGCCCAUAAGUAUCCCAUUUCAUGAAUGUGUGUUGGCAUGGGGAAAGAAAAUUCCCUGCUCUUUUAGUGGAGCGCAAGUAAUUGGUUAAGCUGUAGCAGCUUUUCUGUUUAUUUUUUAAAGUGACAAUAAAACUUGAA